CUUCACAGAGCGUGGAUCGAAAAAACCUUCCUGAAGAGAGAAUGUAUCCAGAUUAUUCCCAGCAAAGAUGCCAGCAGGUGCAGUUGUGGUAAACUGGUGACGCAGCAUGCUGCCAUCCCUGCAGGGGCCAAAGAGGAAGGGGCCCCACUGGUUCAGUUGGAGGRCCUACCCUCAGAGAGAUGGAGUGCCCUCAAACACACCCAGACAUCCCCCACCGAUGCCUACGGYGUCCUGGAGUUCCAGGGUGGUGGACACGUCAACAAGGCCAUGUACAUCAGAGUCUCCUARGACUCCAAGCCGGACACCCUGCUCCAUCUGAUGGUGAAGGAGUGGCAGCUGGAGCUCCCCACGCUGCUCAUCUCGGUCCACGGAGGCCUGCAGAACUUUGACCUGCCCCCCAAACUGAAGCAGGUCUUUGGUAAGGGACUGAUCAAAGCCGCCGUCACCACCGGAGCCUGGAUCUUCACGGGAGGAGUCAGUACAGGAGUUAUCCGUCAUGUUGGAGAUGCUCUCAAAGACCAUUCAUCCAAGUCAAGAGGGAAAGUCUGUGCUAUUGGCAUUGCAUCAUGGGGGAUUGUCGAGAACAAAGAGGAUCUGAUUGGGACAGAUGUGACCCGUCCUUACCAGACCAUGUCCAACCCGCUCAGUAAGCUAGCAGUCCUGAACAGUAGCCACUCCCACUUCAUUCUGUCUGACAACGGGACCACCGGCAAGUACGGAGCUGAGGUCCGCCUCCGCCGGCAACUGGAGAAACACAUCUCUCUUCAGAAGAUCAACACACGUCUGGGUCAGGGGGUUCCUGUGGUGUGUCUCAUCCUGGAAGGGGGUCCUAAUGUCAUCUCCAUCGUAUUGGAGAGUCUGAAGGAGGAACCGCCGGUCCCGGUUGUGGUUUGCGACGGCAGCGGUCGAGCCUCUGACAUCAUCUCCUUCGCUCACAGAUACUGCGAGGAGGACGGGCAGGUGAGCGAGAGCGUCAAAGAUCAGCUUCUGGUCACCAUCCAGAAAACCUUCAACUACAGCCGCAGCCAGGCGCAGCAGAUCUUCCUCAUGGUGGUGGAGUGCAUGAAGAAGAAGGCUCUGGCACCAAUGCUUCAGCAUCUGAUCAGCUGAGUUUGGCCCUGGCCUGGAACAGAGUGGACAUCGCCCGCAGUCAGAUCUUUGUUUAUGGUCUCCACUGGCCCCCUGCCAGAGCGUUAGCUGCUGACCGGCCCAAYAGCCCAGCAUCUCAGAGACAAGCAGCAGCUGCAGGGAAGGGCAAGGCUCGYGCAAAGAAGGGGAAAGGAGGCAAACCCAAACCAGAGCCUCCGGAGGAGACGGACCCUCGCAAACUGGAGCUCCUCAACUGGGUGAACUCUCUGGAACAGGCCAUGAUGGACGCUCUGGUGUUGGACCGGGUGGACUUUGUGAAGCUGCUGAUUGAGAACGGGGUCAACAUUCACCACUUCCUGACCAUCCCACGCCUGGAGGAGCUGUACAACACGAAGCUGGGACCAGCCAACACUCUGCACUUCGUGGUACGAGAUGUCAAAAAGGGUAAUCUCCCUCCAGAUUACCAGAUCACUCUGAUUGAUAUCGGGCUYGUGCUGGAGUUCCUGAUGGGAGGAGCUUAUCGCUGCAAUUACACCAGGAAGAGUUUCAGGACGCUCUACAACAACCUGUACGGCCUCAAGAGACCCAAAGCUCUGAAGCUUCUUGGUAUGGAGGAUGAUGAGCCCCGACCGAAGGGGAAGGGAAGGAAGAGCAAGAAGAAGGAAGAGGAGGAGGACAUUGAUGUGGACGAUCCUGAGGUCAGCAGGUUCCACUAUCCCUUCCAUGAGCUGAUGGUGUGGGCGGUUCUGAUGAAGCGCCAGAAGAUGGCGCUGUUCCUGUGGCAGCGAGGCGAAGAGGGCAUGGCCAAAGCUCUGGUGGCCUGUAAGCUCUAUAAGGCCAUGGCCCACGAGUCGUCCCAGAGCGAGCUAGUGGACGACAUCUACCAGGAUCUGGAAAACAACUCCAAGGAGUUUGGCCAGCUGGCCUACGAACUGUUGGAUCAGUCGUACAAGCAUGAUGAACAGUUGGCCAUGAAACUGUUGACGUACGAGCUGAAGAACUGGAGUAACUCCACCUGCCUGAAGUUGGCUGUAGCUGCCAAACACAGAGACUUCAUCGCCCACACCUGCAGCCAGAUGCUGCUGACUGACAUGUGGAUGGGCUGUCUGAGGAUGGGCAAGAGCAACAGUCUCAAGGUGAUUUUAGGGAUCAUCUUUCCUCCCACUAUCUUGCUUUUGGAAUUCCGACUGAGAGACGAAGCUCAUCACCACUCAUCCAAACACAGCGGCAAUGAAAAGACUAAAGAUGACGACAAACCAAACAAGGACGUUUCCCCAAACGCCGAUCCAAAUUCAAAGAAAGGAGACGAAGAAGGAAACCAGAAGAGGCACCUGAAGAUUCCCAUUGGGAGGCAGAUCUACGAGUUCUACAACGCUCCUUUUACCAAAUUCUGGUUCAACACGAUCUCCUACCUGGUGUACCUCAUGCUGUAUAACUACAUCAUCCUGGUGAAGAUGGAGCGCUGGCCCUCACUGCAGGAGUGGAUUGUCAUUUCUUACAUCAUCACUCUUGGACUUGAGAAAGUCAGACAGAUCCUUAUGUCGGAGCCAGGGAAGCUGAAGCAGAAGAUCAGUGUGUGGCUGGAGGAUUACUGGAACAUCACUGAUCUAGUGGCCAUCUCUGUCUUCCUGCUGGGCCUCUUGCUGCGGCUCCAGAACGAGCCCUACAUGGGUUACGGACGCGUAAUCUACUGCGUCGACAUCAUUUUCUGGUACAUCAGAGUCCUGGACAUCUUUGGAGUCAACAAGUACCUGGGCCCCUACGUCAUGAUGAUUGGGAAGAUGAUGAUUGACAUGUUGUACUUCGUGGUCAUCAUGUUGGUCGUGUUGAUGAGCUUUGGCGUAGCUCGGCAGGCCAUCCUCCACCCAGACGAGGAGCCCACCUGGCGACUAGCUCGGAACAUCUUCUACAUGCCGUACUGGAUGAUCUACGGAGAGGUGUUUGCAGACUCCAUAGACCUUUACGCCAUGGAGAUCAACCCUCCAUGUGGUGAAAACUUGUAUGAUGAAGAUGGAAAAAAGCUUCCUCCUUGUAUUCCUGGGGCCUGGCUCACACCUGCCAUCAUGGCCUGUUACCUGCUGGUGGCCAACAUCCUGCUCGUCAACCUGCUCAUCGCUGUUUUCAACAACACUUUCUUCGAGGUAAAGUCCAUCUCCAAUCAGGUUUGGAAGUUCCAGCGAUAUCAGUUGAUCAUGACCUUCCACGAUCGCCCCAUCCUCCCACCCCCCCUCAUCAUAUUUCCCCACAUCUACAUCGUGCUGAAGAGGCUGUGCUGCACCUGCCGACGGAGGACGGAGGGCGAACGUGACGACCGCGAGAGGAGGCUACAGCUGGUGCUGAACACUGAGGAACUGAAGAGUCUGCAUGAGUUCGAGGAGCAGUGUGUGGAAGAGUACUUCAGAGAGAAGGAGGACGAGAAGCAGUCGUCCAACAACGAGCGAAUCAAAGUCACAUCUGAGAGGGUGGAGAACAUGUUCAUGCGUCUGGAGGAGGUGAAUGAGAGGGAGCACUCCAUGAAGGCCUCCCUGCAGACGGUGGACCUCCGCCUGGCCCAGCUGGAGGAGUUCUCCGGCCGCGUGAUGAACGCUCUGGAGAAGCUGGCCGGCGUGGACCGGGCUGAGCUGGUCCGUACCCGCUCCAGAGGAUCGUCCGUGUGCGAGCCGUCUUCUCUGCUGAGAUUCGGCAGCAUCAACAGCGCCGACGGCUACAGCCUGUACCGGUACCAGCUGGACCACGAUGACAGAACGUCUGCAGAGACGGAGGACAAACGAGUCAACGUGAGUCCAGAGAGAAAAGGACCAUCUGAGGGAGGACACACAGCAGGUGAUGUGAGGGACAUUGUUUCAACUCUAGAUGUUGGUGUGAAGAACAGGACUCAGUCUCUGUCRAACGUUGACAUCUUCAUUUCCCCCUGCGACCCCGACCACAAGCACCCCCACACCUGCCCCAGUCCAGCUCAGGCUGACCCAAAGGACAGGCUGGCACAAAAGAGRCAACUGGAGGCUGCAGUGUCCUUUCCCCUGGAGAGGUCAAAGGUCACGCAGCACUCGUUGUCUCCAAACCUCGGCAGGAGGAAGUCCACCAGCAGCAUCGUCUGCACCCAGCCUUGCCAGGAGAGCGAAAGUCAUGGUAACAGUGAGGAGGAGGAGGGGCUUCUGGUGGACGAGGGCAGGAUGUACCCAACGCUACGAUCCAAGAGUCUCAGCACCAACCCGAGGAAGACGAGGACGAAGAGGCAGGAGGACGAGGACAAGUCUCGUAUGGCUAGUAGUGUGAAGGACUUGGUGUCGGUGUUCGGGGGGCGACAGGAAGACAUGGACCAGGACCAGGUUCAGAGACCCUGAGUGCUGAUGAGCCCUGACCUCUGCACCAUCGCAGUGAGACCAGAGUCCAGAACUGCAGGGUUUGAUGUUGUCUGUGGUGAACCCAACUUUACAAGCACUGAUCUGAUUGUGUGGAACUCUGGGUUAACGAUAAUUACUGCACAUCAAAGGUGUUAUUAAGCUUUGAAAAAACAGUCAGRAUCUUACCUGCAGCAGAUCAGCCAUCAGUACGUUUACAGUUAGAAGAAUCAAAGGAAAUCAGGAUCUCACUCAGGCUGAAACCUUAAAGGGAUCCACUAUUAAUUGUAACAUUAGACUUUAUUCAAUAAACGUUUAUUUUAACUGUAAAAUAAA